CGGUUAGGUAAAUCGGUUGCUUUCUUUUCCCACUGGUCAGUCAAUGAGCAUGGCUCUACGCGACUGGUACGCGGAUCGUGAGCUGCUCCUAACGGGAGUUACCAGUGACGUAGGACGUGCGUUGCUCGAAAAGAUUCUCCGUUCGUUCCCCGAUGUAAAGGUUUACGCUAUCGUCCGGUCCCGGCACGGCUUCAACAAAGACGACAGGAUAAAGAACAUCUUUCUGUCGCCACGAUUCGAGAGACUGAGACAGGAGGCCCCAAACGCGAUUUCUCGGGUGAAGGCGUUAGAGGGUAAUUUAUUGUACGAUGGACUGGGCACGACGAGGGCGGACAAGGAACUGUUGCGAAACGUGAGCGUGGUGUUGCACGCCGCUGGUCCGUACAACGAGGUAUUUCGACUUUGCCAGAAACUGCCACGUCUUCAAGCAGUGGCAGCGAUCACGAGCAUUUUCCAUCACGAGGGUCGAAUCGUCGAAUCGUUGGAGAAAGAAGAGGAGGCGAUCGACGGGCCCGUGGCUCUGGUGCGAGUUCCGCUGGUCGGACCGACACUGCGCGAGCCUAUGCCUGGCUUCGUCGAUCUUCUCAAAGGACCGACGGCUCUGAUGGUAGGAGCCGGCUUCGCCCUCGGUAACUCGGAGUUUCAAGCGGAAAUCAUUCCGAUCGACUUCACGGUCAACACCCUGAUCGCCGUUGCUUGGGAACGAGCCAUCGCAAAAAACGUAGAAACCGCAGUGGUGUAUAACGCGUUCUCUAUAGGAUGCACAUGGAGCGAUCUGAUUAAAAAAGGUCGACGGGCUAAUCAAAAGUUUGCGUAUCCGACUUUCGGCAUCCGAGGAAUGACAUCUAUGGUAGCGCUGUAUCGGACUCUGGUGUUGCUUUUCGAAUGGUUGCCAUCUAUGCUUUGUGACACGAUUCUCGGACUGGUAGGAGCAAAGAAAAGGUUUCUCGAGGAACACCGGAGAGUUCGUAAUGCACUUCGAUCCCUUGAGUCAAUUUCAUCGAGGCCGUGGUCAGUAGAGAGGAAUCGCGUGUACUUGCUUCAGCAACGUCUCACCCCAGAAGACCAAGAUGCAUUUCCGGUUUCCACGGAAAUCGACGUCGAGAGUUACGUUCUAUGCGCUGCGGCUGCUGCCAAGAAGUAUUGCGUGGACGAGGGCAAUAUCAGCCUCGUAAAAAUCUUCCGACUACUUUUCUUCUUUCUUAUCGCGGUAUCCCUCUUCUGCGCGUUCUUCCUCAACGGAUAUCACGUGCUUGCAAAGCACGAUGAACUCUGAGCCAGUUUUAACUUCGCACGAGGUGGCACGUGUCAUCGUACAAUUAAGGCGUCAAAUUUACCUACGCAUUUAAAGUCUGUGUUCGAACGUUAGAGUAACCUAUGUACUUUUGAAUAGCAAUACCACGAAAGCUAUCUUACGACACUUCGUCUUUCCAAUUAAUACGUUUAAUUAUCGUAGCUUCAAAUAUCUUGCGAUAAAAAAGCUGGAAAUACAUGAAAUUAAGCGGAAGAGCGCAUUAUGGUUUUGCGUUUAUAGCUGUAUAUUACGCGAAACUUUGUCAAGGAAGAUACACGGUAUAUCGAUACGUCUUCCGAGCGGUCAUAGUUGUACAUAACGAUAAGGAAAAUGGCCACAAUAUAUGCGAUUUGAACCUCGAAUUCAAAAUCAA